AUGGCGGAGGAGCUGCUGGACAAGCUGCGAGACGUGCUCGAGGGCCAAAUAGACUUUGAAGGCCAACGGCGAGCAGAGGGCUUCGCAACCUUUUUUCUUGCUUUGACAGGACUCAUCGCAUUCAACGUCGGAUACGUCCUACAAGACAUCGUCAAAUGCGUAUACGUCGGAUUGGGCGGGACGGCAUUGACGUUCCUCCUCGUCAUUCCGCCAUGGCCCUUCUACAACAAGAACCCGAUCAAGUGGCUGCCUGCCGGGUCUGCAUUCAACACUGGCGGGACAUGA